AUCUAGAGAAAAGUUGCAGGAAUAAUCUGGAACCCUCUUGAGUCUUGACAAUGUCGAAUUUCUCUGUCUUCUCUCUGCUUCGUGCUCCUUCUAGUUCAUCAUCAUUUCUGUAUAUAACCAAUCUUCAGAUUUUUCCUGGCACAGCAAAAUUAAAGAAAAAAAAAACAAAAGAAGUUCAAAACAAAGCCUUAAUAGUUCUCCAAUUAAUCUGGGUUUGUGGACCGAUUUUCACACUGUUAAUUGGAUCACUAGGAGUUGCGGAUUGUCAGGCGGUUUUCGAUCAUCUAUUUCAAUUAUUCUGUUGUGAAUAAUCAAACUGUCAUAAGUUUGUGCUUAUUAACUCGAAGACAAAGUUUUGCCUUCCAAAAGUGUGGUGAAGAUGUUUCCAGUCCACAAAGGCAUGAAUUCACAUCCUUAUCAGAGAAAUCAGGUGCCUUGCGCUCUAUAUUACCAUCAUCCUAGCUGCUGGGAAGCUAUUCCAUCUCAAAAGAAGGAAGACCCACCAAGCUCCUCUUGUUAUGAAUCUUGGCCUCACAACUAUGGUUAUACAGCUCCAAUGCAGUGCAACAACUACUGCACUCAUGGCCAAUAUCCUGCAUAUUACAAUUUCAGGCCAUAUUGCUCUCAUUUCCCGUCACCACCACCAGCUUACUUUUGUGGUGGCUAUCCUCCUAACCCUCAGUCUCACCCAAUAUACCAUCCCCCGCCUCCACAUUAUUCCAUGGAGCAACCUAGAUAUGAAUAUGACAAGGCUGUACCAGGAGAUCAAUUUCAUUGUUGUGGAUGCGUAGAUCAUCCAAGCCAUGUGAAAGGAGGUAAUAGUUUCAAGAUUGAAGAGCAAGAGCCAGAUGAUGAGACGACGAGAAAGUCGUUGAUUCCUGGUAGAGAGAACCAUUUUCCAUAUCCAAUUUUGUGGAUUCCACCUGACUACGCAACGAACAAAGAGCAGCCGAGAAGGUUGGUUGAAAAUGAGGCGAACGAACAGAAAGUCUUGCCAUAUGUUAAGACACCUGAGGUGCAAGGGAAUUCUUUCAAGACAGAGGUACAUGAUGCUGAAAGUGGCUCACUUGGUUCGAAGCCUCACCAGGGCGCACAAUCAUUAGAUCAGGGUCCACAUCUUAGGAAUGGAUUAUUUCCAUUGGACAUGAGCAGCAUUAAACAACUGAUGCAAGGUGGAGACGCAAUCCAAAAUAGUAACCAAGAGAACAAGAGCGGUCAUGAAAAGAAGGCUCAAGAUUUAGAGAAUAAAGACCAGAAUAAGCAAUUCUCUUGGCCUAGGAUUUGGAUUCCUUAUCACGGAGGAAUGGGAAAUCAAAGAAAGAGCCUGGAAGAUGAAUCUUCGGGUGACACCUCUGAAGACCCCGUUUACAAUGUAAAGGUUGCUCCAAGGAAAUCUGAGAAUUCUGAUAAUGGAGCAGAAAAAGGGAAGUCUACAGCAGGAGAUGUUGCCAGUAAACUUGAUAAUAAGAGUAAGGUGAAAAUAAUUCCUGUGAAGCAGUUGGAGGACUUUGUUCCCAAGGAUUUAAUGGAAGAGGAUGAGCAUAAGGUUGAUCGGGCACCUCUUAGCAAAGAAAGUCAAGACUCUGUGAAGACUGUCACUGGCAGGCAGUCAUCAUCUCCCACAAAAAAGUCUAAGCUUUCUCCAAUUUGCUUGAGGGUUGAUCCGCCAAAGAAGAAAAACGGUAAUGGAAGCUCGAGGUCUCCUAGUCCUCCUAAUGAAAAUCGGCAGGAUUCUGAUAGGGCCACUUAUAGCGGAAAAAGUAAACAGCCAAAUAAAGAGAUAAAAGUCAACGACACAGAAGAGAAGACAUUGGGCCAGGAUAAGAUUGAAGUAUCCCAAGGUGCAGCAGAGGCAAUAAAAGGAUCAGAGAAUUUGGAAGAUAAGGAAGCUGGUUGUAAGGAAAAGAUAGCACAACAAAAUGAUAUUGACAGAGCAGGAAGUUGUAAUGGAGAAGACGGAGUGCUAGGAGAAAAAGCAUUUGGUGAAUCUCAGCAAGAAAGCAAACAGGAGAGGAGAACCAUGUCAGAGAUGGAAGCAGCUAUUAUUCUUCAGUCUGCAUGUCGAGGAUAUAGCGUUAGAAGAUGGGAACCGUUGAAGAAGCUCAAACAAAUAGAAGAAGUUCGUGAAGAGGUUAGUAAUGUGAAAAAGCAUAUUGAAGAGCUCGAGUCUCGUGCUGCCCUUGAUGACAAGGAGAAAACAGCUACUGGAGAGACCAUAAUGAAAUUGUUGCUGAAGCUGGAUACUAUACAGGGAUUGCACCAAAUUAUCCGAGAUGCCAGAAGAUCUGUGGCGAAAGAGUUGAUUAUGUUACAAGAAAAACUUGACUCAAUAGAGAGCCAAAAGUCUGUUUUGGUGGUCCAGGAUACCUCUGCUGCUCAAGCUACUACUAAAUCCUCCGAAAACCCUGGCUUGGUUGAGAAAUCUGAAGGUCUGGUUGAAUAUUCCAGUGAACCAUCUGAAUGCUCAAGCCUAAAUAAAGAUGAAAAUGCAAAAGCAUUUGAAUGGGAGGAUAUAAGCGCGAGUGACUCACCUCCAAGGCAAUCUUCUCAUGGUCAGGAUCUCAUGCGUGGUUCUGAAAGUAAAGAGACUUCAGAAACAUUACCGAUCAAUGUGGAAUCUAAUAAAGAAUCUCAAGAUGAGAUUGUGGCGUCACCAGCCAAAAGUGAUGAAGAUGUUGGAGGUGUUGGUUUGGGUUCAGAAAAUAUAGAGGUGCAUAAUGCAGAGAGACAGCCACCCGAAGGAGUUUAUGCAUGCUCUGCUGAAUACACAGUCGUACAAAAUGAUUUGGUGUCUGGGAGUGAAGAUCAAGAGGUAUGUGUGCUUUCCGAUCUGUCUAGAGAGGGCGAAUCUGGGAACAAAGAUCAGGAAGAAAAUAUGCUUUCAGGAUUACCUCAGAAAGUUGUUGAUAGGUCCCUAGGUGGUGUCUCCCACAUCGAAGACUUGACGAAGCAUUAUGGCUCAAUGCUAGAAAAUAUGAAUCAAGAAGAAAGUCUAGUUAUGGAACAGCCUCAACUGGUUGGUGAGGAGUUAUUAGUUGAUAAAAGCACGGGUAAAGAAAUUCCAGUAUCAGAGCUUGAUUCUGGAGCUUCUAAGCUCACUCCUCUCGAUAAAGAUCAACCUCACGAAGAUAGAGGGUUCACUCUUCCCAGUGAACAACCCCAUGAAAAUGCAGGGUUUGCUCCACCGUGUGAAGAACAGCUUCUCAAGGAUGCAAUGUUCACUCCUUCCUAUGAAGAACAACGUCAUGAAGAUGCAGGUUCUACAGUCAAAGUGGAGAGGAAUGAAGAAGAAUUAGAUUUUGUGACCAACUCGCCUAUAGAGGUCACCAGUGAUGACAGCAAUGAGCUAAUUGAGGCUGAGGCUUCACGGAACUUCAAUAAAGAUGAUGUGGAUCAGCCUAGUGGGAGUUCAGAAGUUGGAAACGAAGACAUUGUGGUUAUAGAGCCUGAAAACCAUGAGCCACUUGAGAUAUCUUAUAACGAGACACUUAGUGGCCAGGAAGCUGUAUCUGUUAUAAGCCCCAGAAACAUUGAGGAGCCAGUUGCUGAAGAAGAAACCACCAAGGUGCUUGAAUCAAUUGGUGAAAGGGAGGUCUCUGCUGUUCAGGUCGAGGAAGCAGUUGAAGUCCCACCUUCAAAGGAAAAUAAAGAUAAGAAUAUCAAGGAGAGCCGAGAAUCAAGCAACGUAGCAUGUUCCUCGAGGAGUACUAUAUCACUCGCGGAUCCUCAUGUUCAGGAAAAUGAAGACGAGAUCAUUAAGGAGAUCCCAGAAAUAAGCAAUGCGAAACUUCUUGUAGAUAGAGCAUCAGGACAAUCGUUGGAGUGUCAAAAAUCAGCUGUAGCGGGUGAAAAAAUCAUAGAAGAGUAUCAGAAGCUGAGGGAGAUGUUGGAAAAGCUACUUGCAUCUGGGAAGGAGCAGCAAGAAGCCAUAUCUAACCUGAAUGGUAAGGUUAAAGGGUUGGAAAGGAAGCUGGCUAAGAGAAAGAAGGUAAAAUCAAAAUCAGUAAAGCAUGCAAGAGUUAAGAGUCUUCCGUCCUUCAUGGGGAAAAUUGAUUGAUGUAUAUGAGGAAGACCGUAUCGAAGCACAUUGCGUCCUAUAUGGCUAUAUAUACUCGUGUUUAAGCUGUUGAGUGUGAGUCUGAGUCUGAGAGUGCUGCAAAUGUUGUUGUAUAUGGAGUGAAUGUAUAUGACUAUAUGAGUGAACUACAAGGCCUGUAGUAAACUGAAAAUGGUUUUGUCAUUAAUUACUAUUACUAAUGAAAGAAGCGAAAUCGAGUUUUGCUGAGAUUUUAUGUCGUUGUUCAAGCUGAAGAAUUUUGCUUCUUAGAGUCGUUGCAAGUUAACUUUUUCAUACCAAAGGUACGACUGUCCUAACUCCUAACUCCCAUGCACACCAAAAGUAACUUACUAUAACCUUCUAGGCAUUCUAGUGAUGUAGCCGGGUAAGUUACCGUUUAUUACAUAGAACUGGAUUUAUGUUAUUAUUUCUUGUGUUA